AUGCAUCACAAAUGGAUGUUAAACAAAAGAACAAUUGAAUGGAUAAAUAAGUGUAUAUCAACAUUGAAUGAUGGAGGUGAACUGAAGCAGAUUGAAUCUCUCGAUCACACACCUGAAUUUUUUAUUCCUAUUUUCAAGCAUACGUUUCUAAUAAAGAAGAAUACUAAUGCAGAUCAAAUAUUUAAUGAAUUAGAUGAAGAAAUGGUUCUUAAGAACUUCCGAAAACGAAUUUUUCAUGGGCAAGUGUUUAUUUCUGUGUUUGUAUUUCUAAUCCAAAAUGACGUGAUUAUGUUUAUAAUAGGUGUAUUGAAUCAAACGAUGGAAACAUUUUUGUGGAUGCUAUUAAUAAAUUUAAUUCGGAUAACAUUGAAGAUAUCAAUAUUUCGUGGAAAUUUAUAUGCGAUUAUUCAAAAGGCUAUGAAAGUAACCGGAUUAUUAUAA